AAUUGGUGUUAUGGAAAAGACGAGUCCUGGGCGGCAUUGGUGGAUCUUUGGUGUGAUGAGGCUGGAGCCUGGGCGGCUAUGAGAGUCAAAAACAAGGCUAACCGAGGGAAGGAGGGAGUACAUGCUCAGGGAAACCGAAACCACUAUCUCCACAAGGCAGUUAAUGAGGAGAAACUGAAGCGGCCGCUCUCACACAUGCAGGCGUGGGAGAUCGCCCAUACGCGGAAGGACCCCAAGCCUGGCGAGCCCAAGUACUACGGCAAGAAGACCGCGCAUAGGAAGAAGGCCUACUCCGAUGGGUAUCUGGCGUUACAUCCUGACACACCUGACCCCAUUGCAGCGGAUCUGGACGAAAGGGUGGUGGUGGGCAUGGGGCCGAAGGAGCACGGUCGGGAGGCGGUUCUCGAUGCUGUGAUCACUCCGUCUAUCUCCUACACACAGCUCCGUCGGAUCGACCCGACCCUGAGCCAGCGCACGAGCACGCGCAUGAGCAGUGCACCGUCACUGUCCCUCUUUCAGGAGCAGCAAACCGUAAGUAUUUUCCCUUUUAUCUUCAUUGUUCCCUUUAUUUUCCGCAUUUAGUAGUUUUAUGAGUCU